GGCGUGCUAAAAGUAUGACAAUUAGCAGGUGAUUGAGGAAUAAUACUGAGACAGUAACUAACUAACUGAACUGAACUGACUCCAUACUCAGUGUUACUGAUAAAUAGCUAAAGACAAAAAAAAGUUUACUGUCUAGUAAUUCUAACAAUACUCACUAAUAUACUCCAAUACUCAUUCAUUAAAUAUACACCAUGAGCUCACUGGGAUUCUUCUCCAAAUUCAAACAUAACGCUACAAAGCUCUCACAGUCCUUCAAUUAUACAGAUAAAGAUGGACUUACUGAAGAUGAUACCUUAAUCCACAAUGCAUUUGUCAAGUACUUUGACUCUCAGGGUCAAGUAUACCCAGAUUGGCUUGAAGUUAAGCAUACUAAGCCUCAUCUGACACAUCAAACUUACCAACAACUGUUCACCACCACAGUAAGACAUCAAGAGCAACUGUAUCAACCUCACUACAACAAUCAUGAACAUCUUCUGCCAGUGUCAAUUUCACCCCUGGACUCUCAAAAUACUCAAAAUAGUGGUUAUCAUCGUGGUGUGAGUCGUCUUCAAUCCAUGCAUAAUGCUUCCCGUCAACAGGUUGUCGUGGGGGCCGGUUAUACCUCAUUAAGUUCUUCUUCAUCAUUUGCGUCUACUAACUCAAAUCAUCAACCAGUAAGAACAAAUAGUUCUACAUCGGGAUCACGAUUACGUGAUAGGAUCAUUAACUCAACAUCUAUGAAUCAGAAUUCACGGUCCAGUAGUCACAAUUAGAGAAAUAGUAGUAAUUAUAUAUUAAUAUAUAGUAUAUCAGUUAAGCUUAUUAAAGGAAUCUUCCCAAAAGUCUCGACCCCGAACGAACCAGUCCGGUAACUGGCUAUCUGAUGGGAGUUUGAGUUUUAAUACACUGACGUUCUCAAAU